CAUCUAUUAAAUAUGUCGGCAACAAAAGGAAUUAGCCGUACAAAGAAAAAGUUGACAACUUUUGAAUCGCAAAAAAGAUCCUCAAUAAGAAGCCAAAAUUUAGAUGAAAAAAUUAAUGCAACUCCCCGACACUGUUUAAUCGACGAAACCGCUGAAGAGGACAGUUCUGAUGAUGAACCAGAAUCAGGAAGUGAUGAAGAAACACCUUUUGUUAAUGAUGAAACGCCAGAGCAUGCUUCGGAGUUUUGGCAAUUGCAAAAACUCAUCAAGUACAUAAAAGCUGGAAAUCAAACCGCUACAACAGUUGCUCUUUGUCUUUUGAAAAAUUUUAAUCUUUCCAAUCGGACAACUCAACGAGCAAUACGUGAAAUGGGUGGUUUAGAAGUUCUGGUAAAUCUUCUAGAAACAAAAGACGUUAAAUGCCAACUAGGAUCUCUCGGUGUUUUAUCACAAAUGGGGUACUGCUCGGAGACACGUCGGUAUCUAAUUGAUUUAGGAAUCGUUUCACCUCUUAUUGACCUACUUAAACAUCCAGCAAGAGACGUUAGAAUUUUAACUGCUGAAACAAUGGCCAGUAUUGCUAUGAUGCGCAAAGCCAGAAAACAAAUUCGUGUUCGUUCUGGAAUCGCUUUAAUAUUAGAUGCUAUGGACGUUCCUGACAAUGUUUUGCGACGAAAUCCAGAUCAGCUUAAUGAUAACGAGCGUCAACAUAUCGCAGUAGCCAUAGCUUGUGCUAAAGUUUUAAAUUCUUUAAGCAGCAGUCCAAAAAUAAAAGAGCAACUUAGAAAACACGGUGUAGUUUUUUUCAUGAGCCGUUUUCUUCAGUCUACUCACAUCGAGCUUAUUAUUCCGAUAAUGGGAGCAAUACAACAAUGUGCUGAUUUAAAAGUAUUUCGCUUGGCGUUUGAACAAAUAGGAAUAAUAUCCGAAAUAGUUCGUCACCUUUGUGACAGCGAGGCUGCUAGCAUCAAGUACAAGCAAAUGUUAGUAAAUCACCAUAAAAGUAGCCAUACCGUGGAAUCAUCGUCGUCUCCCGAGUUAGAUGCUCAGAAUGAAAAGAAGGCCAGUGAAGAAGCCAGUCGUGGUGAGAAAGAUCGUCUGAAACUUGAAGAAAAUUGCGCUUUAGCAAUUUACAAAUGUGCUGCUAAUAAACUAACUCGGGAUAUGGUACGACAGUCAGGAGGGCUGGAUCCUCUUUGUCGCUUAAUUCAAUCCGAUAACAUUAGAUCAAAUAAAAAUCUCCUCGCAGCAGUAACUGGGGCUAUUUGGAAGUGCGCAAUCAGUCCUGAAAAUGUAUCGAGGUUCAAUCAAAACAGCUUAGUAGCCUCACUAGUACCACUUUUAGAAGAAAAUGAAGAUGAUCAAGUUCUUGCGAAUGUCGUGGGUGCUUUAGCAGAGUGCUGUGUAGACCCAGCUAAUAGGCAUGUCUUGAGGAUUAAUAAUGGUCUUCCAAAAUUGAUUAGAUUAUUAAGUGGAACAUAUGAGCCUCUUUUAGAAAAUUUACCUUUGGUAAUAAAAGAAUGCGCUGAAGAUGAACAAUGCAUGGAUGUUAUAAACGAUCCAUCUCAUUCGCUCGAUGGUGUUCGACUUGUUUGGUCACUACUCAAACACCCGAGUAAUGUUAUCAAACGUAACGCCUGUAGAGCACUUGUACCUUGUAUUAAAAAUGCUAAAGACUCCCCAGAAAUGGUUCGAGCUUUUGUAGGUGGUCUCGAAGUCACUGUUUCAAUAUUGGACAGCGAUGACACUCAAGUUUUGGCUGCUGUUUGCGCGACAAUUGCUGCGAUUGCUGUUAAUCCAGAAAAUCUUGGUAUUCUCACCGAUCAUGGAGUUGUCAAAAAAUUGGCAAAACUUGUACAUACGGAAGAUGAACAUUUAAGAUCAAAUCUUACCUUGGCGAUUGCAUUUUGCUGCGAGUGGGAUCGUAAUAAUUAUGAAUUUGGUCGGUUAAAUGCCGUAGCUCCUCUUGUUAAUUAUGCUAAUAGUAAGAAUAAACAUGUCCUUAAAGGUGUUUGUAUUGCUUUUUAUCAUCUUAGUAAGGAACCACUUAAUUGCGUAACUAUGCAUACCUGUGGAGUUAUCAAGCAUGUACUUCGUCUUGUUGGAUCAGAUGACCCAGAAGUUCAAAUUGCAGCGGCUACUACUAUUAGACAUAUUAGAAAACUUGCCCUUAAUACUGAAAAAUUAAAUUUUGGUGGAAUAAAUUCUCUUGAAGAAAUGGAUUAUUGUUCGUAA